GCCGCCGGGCUGGGCAGGGGCUGCGGCGGGGCCUGGUGGCCGGCGGGCGCCGCUCAGAUGUGGUUCUGGACAUGGUGAGCAUGUGACUUCAAAGAUGGACAACUGGAUCUGUUACAAAUUCUGAUUGGCCUUAAGCUGACUUACAAACACUAAGGAGCUUCACGGGAUUUCUCUCAUUCCUAAUUUAUGCCUGUCUAAUUGCCUCACACCACCAGCUUAAUCAUGUAUGGAAGUGCUCGGUCAGUUGGCAAGGCUGAGCCAAGCAACCAGAGUCCAGGGCGUUCACCAAGGCUGCCACGGUCACCACGCUUGGGCCAUCGUCGAACCAACAGCACUGGAGGCAGUUCUGGCAGCAGUACUGGGGGAGGCAGUGGGAAAACCCUUUCUAUGGAAAACAUUCAGUCCUUAAACGCUGCCUAUGCUACGUCUGGCCCUAUGUAUCUCAGUGACCAUGAGAACGUCGGUGCAGACACCCCAAAAAGCACCAUGACUUUGGGCCGGUCUGGGGGGCGGCUGCCUUAUGGUGUUAGGAUGACUGCAAUGGGUAGCAGCCCUAACAUUGCCAGUAGUGGAGUUGCCAGUGAUACUAUCGCGUUUGGAGAGCACCAUCUUCCUCCAGUGAGUAUGGCGUCCACUGUGCCUCACUCACUUCGCCAGGCCAGGGAUAACACCAUCAUGGAUCUGCAGACGCAACUCAAAGAAGUAUUAAGGGAAAACGAUCUGCUUCGCAAGGAUGUGGAGGUGAAAGAAAGCAAGCUGAGUUCUUCCAUGAACAGCAUCAAGACCUUCUGGAGUCCCGAGCUAAAAAAAGAAAGAGCUCUGAGGAAAGAUGAAGCUUCAAAAAUCACCAUUUGGAAGGAACAGUAUAGAGUUUUGCAAGAAGAAAACCAGCAUAUGCAGAUGACUAUCCAGGCUCUUCAAGAUGAACUUCGGAUCCAGCGGGACCUGAACCAACUGUUCCAGCAGGACAGCAGCUCUAGAACCAGUGAGCCCUUUGUGGCAGAGCUGACAGAGGAAAACUUUCAGCGGCUUCACACAGAGCAUGAGCGCCAGGCCAAGGAACUCUUCCUCCUACGUAAAACCUUAGAAGAGAUGGAACUGCGCAUUGAGACACAGAAACAGACCUUAAAUGCACGCGAUGAAUCCAUCAAAAAGCUGCUGGAGAUGCUGCAGAGUAAAGGUCUGUCAGCAAAAGCCACUGAGGAAGAUCAUGAACGAACAAGGCGGUUGGCUGAAGCAGAGAUGCAUGUACACCACUUGGAGAGCCUUCUCGAACAGAAGGAAAAAGAAAACAACAUGCUUAGAGAGGAGAUACAUCGACGGUUUGAAAAUGCUCCUGACUCAGCCAAGACAAAGGCUCUGCAAACUGUUAUUGAGAUGAAGGAUUCAAAAAUUUCUUCCAUGGAGCGUGGCCUCCGAGAUUUGGAAGAGGAGAUUCAGAUGUUGAAGUCAAAUGGAGCUCUGAGCACAGAGGAGCGUGAAGAAGAAAUGAAGCAAAUGGAGGUGUACCGUAGUCAUUCCAAAUUCAUGAAAAAUAAGGUAGAGCAACUGAAGGAAGAGCUAAGUGCCAAAGAGGUUCAAGGGGAGGACCUGAAAAAAAGAGUGGCUGGUCUCCAGGCCGAGAUUGGCCAGGUGAAACAGGAGCUGUCACGCAAAGACACAGAGUUGCUAGCCUUGCAAACAAAGCUGGAGACCCUCACAAAUCAGUUCUCUGACAGCAAGCAGCAUAUUGAAGUUCUGAAAGAGUCUCUUACAGCUAAAGAGCAAAGAGCUGCCAUUCUGCAGACGGAGGUGGAUGCAUUACGCUUACGUCUGGAGGAGAAAGAGACCAUGCUAAAUAAGAAGACAAAGCAGAUUCAGGAGAUUGCAGAGGAGAAAGGCACUCAAGCAGGAGAGAUCCAUGAUCUCAAGGAUAUGUUAGAGGUGAAGGAACGCAAAGUUAACGUUCUUCAGAAGAAGAUUGAAAAUCUUCAAGAGCAGCUAAGAGACAAGGAAAAGCAAAUGAGCAGUUUAAAGGAUCGAGUGAAAUCCUUGCAGGCUGACACCACCAAUACUGACACUGCCUUGACCACGCUGGAAGAAGCACUUGCAGAAAAAGAAAGGACCAUUGAGCGCCUAAAGGAGCAACGGGACAGAGAUGAACGAGAAAAACAGGAAGAGAUUGACACCUACAAAAAAGACAUUAAGGACCUGAAAGAGAAAGUCGGCAUUUUACAAGGAGAUCUCACAGAGAAAGAGUCAUCCUUACUGGAUCUGAAGGAGCAUGCUUCAUCCUUAGCUUCAUCAGGACUGAAGAAAGAUUCAAGGCUUAAGACACUGGAAAUUGCAUUGGAACAGAAAAAGGAAGAAUGUUUGAAAAUGGAAACUCAAUUGAAGAAGGCUCAUGAGGCAACUCUUGAGGCGAGGGCCAGCCCAGAGCUGAGUGAUCGCAUGCAGCAGCUGGAGCGGGAGGUAACGAGGUAUCGGGAAGAGUCAAGUAAGGCUCAAGCUGAAGUGGAUCGUCUUCUGGAAAUCUUGAAGGAGAUGGAAAAUGAGAAGAAUGAUAAAGAUAAGAAAAUUGCAGAACUGGAGAGUCUCACGUCAAGGCAAGUUAAAGAUCAAAAUAAGAAAGUAGCAAAUCUGAAGCACAAAGAGCAAGUGGAGAAGAAGAAGAGUGCACAAAUGCUGGAGGAGGCCAGGAGACGAGAGGAUAAUCUUAAUGACAGCUCCCAACAGCUUCAGGACAAUCUGCGUAAAAAGGAUGAUCGGAUUGAAGAAUUGGAAGAGGCACUCAGAGAAAGUGUUCAGAUAACUGCAGAGCGGGAAAUGGUGCUAGCACAAGAGGAGUCAGCCAGGAUCAAUGCUGAGAAACAGGUAGAAGAGCUGAUGAUGGCCAUGGAGAAGGUUAAGCAGGAGCUGGAGUCGAUGAAAGCAAAAUUGUCUUCUACACAACAGUCUUUGGCUGAGAAGGAAACCCAUUUGACCAACCUACGAGCAGAAAGAAGAAAACAUUUGGAGGAGGUCCUGGAGAUGAAACAAGAAGCCCUUCUUGCUGCCAUUAGUGAAAAAGAUGCCAAUAUUGCCCUGCUAGAGCUUUCAUCCUCUAAGAAGAAGACUCAAGAUGAAGUGGCUGCCCUCAAACGAGAGAAAGACCGCCUUGUGCAACAGCUCAAGCAGCAGACACAGAACCGUAUGAAGCUGAUGGCUGACAACUAUGAGGAUGAUCACCUCAAAUCCUCAUCCCAUUCCAACCAAACCAACCACAAGCCCUCCCCAGACCAGAUAAUUCAGCCCCUCUUAGAACUUGAUCAGAAUCGCAGCAAGUUGAAGCUGUACAUUGGACAUCUGACAGCCCUCUGCCAUGACCGUGACCCCUUGAUUCUGCGUGGACUCACCCCACCUGCUUCCUACCAUUUGGAUGAUGACCAGGCAGCUUGGGAGAAAGAGCUGCAGAAGAUGACCCAGGAGCAGCUUCGUGACGAGUUAGAAAAGGGCGAGAAGGAAAGCGCAGAGCUGCAAGAGUUUGCCAACGCCAUUUUACAGCAGAUAGCAGAUCACUGCCCUGACAUCCUGGAGCAAGUCGUCAAUGCACUCGAGGAGUCGUCAUGACCUCGGCCGCUGGCCCCGCUGGAGCAGCACACCAACGGCCGAGCCCAGUCAGUCCAAGGAGCCAUGAGAGUGGAGAGGAAUGUGAAAGACAGAAAAUGGAACAGAAACUUCUGGUGCACUUUUUGCAAGGAAAACAAAAACAAACAAAAACAAACACCUCUAAAAACUACAGGCUCUCUAGGUUCUUCCAGUCUAUGAUUAAUCAGUCAUGCUUAUGUUCAUCUUCUCACUGCCUUUCUACUUUAGCAUCCAGUUCCCUGCUGACUUGUUGGUAUUGGACUUUUGGAUACAGCUAAGCAGAGCUCUUCUGAGUCUCCUGAUCAAAGAGGGGAUCCACUGUAUACAAGAAGUUCUAGUUCGUCAUGAGGUUGCAGAUGGGUAGCCUUGCCUUUCAUUCAUUUAUUGCUUUUUUUUUUUUUUUCUCAUAAAAGCUGAAAGCCUCUAUUUCAUAGUGCUAAAAAUUAAACUUGAGUACGCUCUGAUUACGGCUCACAAAUGGCCAGCAUCAGCAAGCUAGCUCAGGUCUCACUGCCUAUCUCAAUGUUUCUUACAUUCUUAAAUAACAUAGAGAUGAAAGAAAGGUUUCCUUAUUACGUUCUGUGAGUGUCUUAAUCUAGCAGCUGGGAAACCAGGUAGGCAUGCUGGUACUUUCUUUUACUUAGCAUUAAUUGUUAUUGUUCAGUGAUUUGACUCUGAAGCGCUGAGUGGGGCAUAUUUUCAGAUAACAGUUUUUGUCUUUUGGCUCUUCAUUUUUUUAGCUGAGUUCUUCAUAGAGUCACCUAAAUUCUUAUUUUAUAGAAAGAUCUCCCCUUUCAAACAGGUGUGAUCAGCAAGUCAGCUCCCAGGUUUAACUUGUAUAGUUUGCCCAUUGCUAAUUUUUCAGGCUGUAGGCUUGUAAACACCAGCUGCCAUCAGAAUAGUCUUAGGCAUUUUGUACAUAACCAAAUUGCAUCAUUUAGCUUAAAAAUACAAUUUUAAAACUAAUUUAGAUAAAUCAGCAACACAGUUCUUACUAUAAUUAUGAAUUAAUUUAUUUUGGGUUAGUUUAGGUUGACAAGGAAUUAGUUUGAGUUCAGAGCAAGAACCUGUUCUUAUAAAGAAGAGCAUCUCUGCUGGAGUUGGCACCCAGUUGAGUAGAUAGGUAUAAAAUCACAGCUUUAGCUAAACCAGUGCAAUUCUUAUAUGUAUAUAAGAGGCCUUCAUCUUGCUCCCAUCCAUCUUUGUUGCUCAUUAAAGCCCCUGCUGAUAGGUAAUAUGACCUGAAAUAGCAGGUCGGUUUGUCGUGGUAGCAAUUCAGAACCCUAUUUUAUGAGUAGGACUUGGGUGUUCAUUCUUGGGCUCUGCAUUAAAGAGGACACAUUUUUUUUCCUGGCUACCAAUGGUUAUAUGCAUCUGGGGGCAUCUGCAGUACAGAACCAUUUAACGUGUCCCCGUGUACUCCUUAAAGGAGUUUUUCCCCUUUAGCUUUCUCAUAUUACUUAAGAAAACAGGGGGAGGGGAAAAGGAGACCAAAUAGCAACGCAGCAGGCGAUGAAAUCUUGGUUUUCUAGUCACCAGCUAAUUAUAAGGCCUCUGACUCCUGCAGCCAUUGCUGUAACUCUGAUUUUACAAGUUCUAGAAACAUCAGCUGACCGCAGUGUCCAUCCAUCGUCUGUCUCUCAGUAAACUUCCCAUUCAGAGCCUCCCAUUCAGAGUUUAAUUCCAUCUGACUUACUACAUUUUGAGCUUAAUCACUAAACUGUUACGCUAAGUAAAAUGUUUCAAACCCUUUCAGAAGAACUGGAUUUCCUACGUCUUUCAAAUUGGUAGCAUAACUCACCUGUAGGUCUUCCACACCUUAUUUUUACUCUUUGAAAUGACUGAUUGCUUCUAAUAGAAAGGAGGUCAGCAAAAGUUUCCAUGAGGGAAGGUGUACCAUCUUCUUUUCAACCAGUGAAAACUGGGCAAAGCUGAAAACGUAUACAUCUGUGGAUUAUAUUGGAAACUAACUAAUUUGAAAUGAAUGAAUCAUACCCUAAUUCAUUCUACUGUGAUGAUUCAGAAGAAGCAGCUGUAUCCAUAGCCAUGUCGUCUGCUGGGUAGAAAUACCUAGGUCUCCAAAGAAGGGAUGGCUCGCACCUUCUCCAUCUUUUGAACUGACAGUGCUUUACAAAUCAGGAAAUGUAACUUUAGUUCUCAGUAUAGCAUUAGCCUGUGUCCAAAGACUUUUGUUUGUUUUAUUUUUGUGGGUUUUUUUUUCUCAUGUAAGAGGAGAGUAAUGGGAACCUGAAUGUUUGCAAGGGGGAAAUACCGGAAGGCAUGUAGACAGUGACUGUACAUACCACUGAGCCAUGCCUCAUACCAGAACCACCCCUUUGGUCCUAUUAUUUGAGUCAGCACGUUUUGAUAGGAGCUGUUGUUUUGAAAUCUUUCCUCUUGCUUUUACUUCAUCACCCCUAAUUACUCACUCAAGGAAUUUAAUGCUGCCUGUAAAACCAUCAGGGCCAUCAGCCUAACAUCAUCACACUGCCACCACCACUCCUGACUAUCUCAUUAACUUAUAUGGUCAAAUCUCCAGCUGCCCUGGUUCCCUGCUGUAAAACAAUCCCUCUUCUGUGAGAAGCUGUGGAAUUUCCCUUAUCGAUGGUUCAAAUGACUCCUGCUUGUAAACCUCUUACUGAGAUGUCCCUUGAUAGUGUUCCUGCUGCAGGGGAAGGGGGAGGGAUGAGAGCGAGGGGUGGUCAUUUCUGGCUGUUAUUUCAAUUCCGUUUGUGUGCUGCGUUGCUCAUACAUCACAGGAAAGCUCUGAGUUUCAGCACUGGUUCCUUUGCGUCUUUAACUCAGCUGCCAGCCUGAGGCUGUGUUUCUUGGCUGAAAAGUGCCUCAGCAAAGGCAUGAUGCUGUCCGUGGGACCCAUGCAUCUGAAACCAGGUGAAUCUCGCUGUUUAUGCAUCUCCUGGUGACUUCCUUGAUUUGGUUUAUCAAAAACUAGGCCAGUUUUCAUACCAGCCAUUUGGUCUUCUGUCUGCAAGCCACAUGCUUGCUGUUCUUCCCAGCAGGAUUAUUGGGCCAUUGCAAGUGUUCUUUACUACUGUUAUCUUCUUGGGCUUCUAGACUUGCAACUUAAACACUGAUCUUAGACCUCAGUGAAGUACUUUCAGGGAGAGAGCAGAUCUCAGUUGGGAACAGACUUGAUCCAACUUGAUCUCCACUGAACUAUUUCAAAUAAUCUCUCUGAUCCUGUGUAGAUACAGAUCUUGUUGUGGCAAAUAGUUUGAAGAACUGUGUGAUCUGGGAGAUGCUGCUGGCUGUGAUUUAAUGCAGAGUGUGGCCCGCAAAAGCUUUUCUUCUUGUUUAUAUGGAGUGCCACAACAUUGGCCUUAGGGUAAUCAAGAGAUUUGGUGAUCAUUGUCCAUCAAGAAACCACCCAUUGGGCACAUGGCAGAAAAUUCAUACAAGUGUACUUGCCAUGAUGCUCCUCCAGUUGUCUAACUCUCUCCAAUUCCUCUGCUAUCUUACAUCCAGGUGUCAGCAGCCAGGAAGAUGCAGUUUCCUUGUGCAACACUUCCACAGUACAGCAGUUCUGGGAAAUUCUGGGGCCCCUCCUGCCUCCUGGCUUCCUGUCCAGAUCCCAGUGAGCCUGGGGAAACUUACUUGUUCUUGUUUCUAAUGAAGUUCCAUUUGCUGCAGGAGUUGUGAAAGUCUUGAUUGCUUUGUUGGUUGUUUUUUUUUCUUCCAAUAUGUCAUUUGUAGAGAAACUGGUAGAUGUAAGGACCUGAGGAUCUGCCUGUAGAAAAUUAAAUAGAUAAUUUUUUUCUAGGUUUGAGCUGAAAAACAGCUCAAGCCUGUAGUCCAGGUAUAGUGUAAAAGCUGACAUCCCAACCAUGCUUGCUGAUGAUAUCCAUGAGUCCAAGCACAUAUUUUCCUCUGAAUCAAGCCUCAUUUAAAACACUAAAAGGACAUUACAACACUAGAGUUGCAGUGUGAGAACAUUAGCACUAUUUGUGAUUGGAAGAAGAUUUGGCUGGAGUGCUCCCAAAGAAAACUCUAAGCUUCUGCUAUUAUUUCUCACUUUGACUGCCUUUAACCAGCUUUCCCUUUAGAAAAUGCCAAACUCUGGAGCAUCCAGUUUUUGCCAAGUCCAGUGGAUGGAAGGCGAAAGUCAUGCAAUGCACGAACUCUAUGUGCUGUUUCCCGUUGCGCUGCUGAAAUAUACCUUCUCUAUCAGAUUUGCUGACCUUGUGGGUCUCAGUAUUUUAUACAAGGGAGCACUGAUCUCAUAGUUCUUAUACGCAUAACCCUGUUUUUUUAACCAAAGGGGCUCCUAUUUUUGUUUGUCCUCUAAUUCCCACCCAUUCUGCUGCUAAAGUUCAAUUUGUUGGGAAAUUUCUACGGCUGAUAACAGGUUAACAGAGUUGAGUCCCCACUCCUGGACUAAUUGCCAGUUGUUGCCACUGAAAGGCUCUUUACAAAGGAUGUAGAGAGCCAUGCACUGAUACCAUUGCAAAAAAAUAUUUCACUACGUAAGUCACACGCGCAUCUCUCGAUGACACCGAUAAAAUACAAAGGGAAAUAGUACAAUCAAGGCAUCUGAUGUUAAAAGCUCUACUCAGCUCAACAUCUGCACUGGAACGGGGAAAUGGGGAGGAAGCAGAAGGCAAUGGAUAACUAACACUGCCCCAGUGAAGCUGGUGGGGUAGAAGGGUCAGGCGGAGGGUGUCCGGCGCUGCUGGCGAGAGCACUCUGCCAAUCAGUCUCGUCAGCAUGGCAAAAAGAAUGAGUGUCGGGGGGGAUUUUUAAGCAAAAUUACGUUUUUAAUUGUUUCUUCCACAUAAAUGGAAGGAACCUUAUACAACGGCAAAUCCUUCUGAACAAAAUGGCUGCGUCCGCUGACUUUUUUAAAAAGAAAAACUGUUUCAAAACUUUUUAGUGUCAAAAGCAUAAACACAGAAAUCCUGACUUUUUUCCAGUGUGUGUGGUGAGUGCUGUAACCCUGUCAUCAGUAUCUCUCCUGACUUUUUCAGGGGCGUUUUUUCCUGUUUUGUUUUCUGCUUGUUGAUAUUGUCUGUGUGGUCCUAAGGCUGGGGCAGUUACCAACAAUGUGUGUCUGUUGUCGGAUUAAAAAAAGAUAGUAGUAGAACUGAAAAAGAUGUGUUUUAAAAAUAUAUAAAAAAUAAAUUUCAUCAAAAGGAAUUCAAGUAAUGAAACAACAAAGCCGUGACUCCUCCUCUCAGGACUGUACGGAAAAGGAUUUGUGGGCUUAUAAUUAUAACCAGUUGCCCUUUGCAGGCUUUUGAGGUCCAGGAGGCUUGGCCUCAUUGGAAAUGUUAUGAACUAUGUGUUGUAAAUUCCUGCUUUCCCACUUUUAGACUGUACAUGCCUCGUGUAGAAAUGGGCAGAAAGAAAGGGGAUUUUAUCUUUUCUGGUAUCAUCGGGUGUCCCCUACAAUGUGAACCAUUGAUGUAAAUGGACCAGAUUGUUUGGCCAACAUGCAAGAGCCACGUGGAAGUGUAGUUUGGCUGUAGGCAUGUGGGUCUAUUUUCAGAGCUGCUUAGAAGGAACAACGUGAGGAUAAACUGGCAUGUUAACAUUAAAAAAAAGCCCACACAUUUUGCUUGACCUGGAAUACUAGGUGAAGAACAUCGUUAAAUGAAUGUAUUUUUUCUUUCAAAGUUAACUAGCAUGUGCUAUUUAUCCUCAUUUUGCACUUCCUGUUUGGAUCUUAAUGAAGUAAAUCAAUUUUGCUUUUAUAUGCAUCUUGGUUUCUCGGUGCUUUGGUGGGUUCGUUGCUCAAAAGAUUAUUUUUUCAAUUUGGGCUCACAAAAAAAAAGGAUUUCUUCAUCCAUCGUAUGUAAAUCUCUUUUAUUAUAAAACACGGUCAUCAACUAAAAUCCAAAUCUGAAGCUAAAUUGUACAAGUAGGCAUCUUUCCUUCAAUCUCCGUGGGCACGGCCAGGCCUCAGACCCUGUGAGAUACAGGCUGCCCUCAGCCCUCAGCAGCACAUGGCAGCAGCCUGGCUCAGGGCGCCUGCACUGGGCACGUCCUGAAAUGUUUAUUACAGUACAUCUGGGGAAGUUGUGGUGGCAAAUGCCUUUAUCUGUUCAGAUUCUGAAGGAGGAUGAAAAAUGGGACCAUGAAUGGGGAAAUAACUUCUAGUGCUAGUCUAACAUGCUGCUCCUAGCUCACUAGAAAAGCACGUUGCUGUUUUCCUCCAAGUCAGUACAUAAUGAGGGCCCCACUCCAGGUUCUGGCUCACCAAGUGUUUGGGGGCAAUCCAGAGGAUUGCCCUAAGGGUUAAAAAAACCGCGGUGGGAUGGGAUACUCCAUCCUCUCUGCAGACAUGGAUCCCUCAUUUGCUUUGGAAGAGAUGUGUUGCACUUUAGUGGAGGGGGAGAAAGGCUUUGGGUAUGGGAUCUGGUGUACUUGGAUUCCUUUUGGAAAUAGCAGCGGGAGACAUUGAUGUCCGUGAUGCAAGUGCGCACGCUGCCUUCAACUUGUAUGUGUUUUAUUGCUGGAGUCAUGUUACUGACAGGAUAAUGAAAUUGCAAAGAAAAUGUGUUAUAUUCAACUUUGCCUUGAUAAUAUAAACACUUUGUUCUUU